UGCCGUCCGCAGCCCUGCCCCUGCGGCCGGCGGCCCACCGCAGUUGGCGGUCGGCUCACAAGCUGGACAUCCGGAGCCAUGAAUUCCCGGAUUUUCCGAUCCUCAUCCUCCCUCCAUUCCUUCUCGCCCUUGCUCCUCUACCGUCCUCGUGUCUCCUUCCUCCUCCUACACUCGGUCGCCGACGAUGCAGCGCUUCCGCGGAGGCCGGAGCCCCCUCCACGGAUCCAUAGAUCCUCCUCUUCUACUCAUUCUUUUAGUUCGUCUAACUCGAAGAAUCAUCACGAGGAGUGCAGGGACGUGAAGGUCGCGGUUUGGUGGGACUUCGAAAACUGCAGCCUACCCGCUGGGGGUCAAUGUUUUCCUGGUGGCGCAACGGAUCAAGUCGGCCUUGCGCUCCAAUGGAAUCAAGGGCCCGGUCACUAUUAGUGGAUUCGGCGACAUAGAGCAGCUCUCGCGGACUGCUCGGGAGGCUCUCACCUCCACCGGAAUCUGUCUCAACCAUGUACCGCAUGGUGGGAAAAUGAGCUUACAAAGCUGCUUUAUGGCCGAUCUUAUCUAUUGGGUUUUGCAAAACCCCCCUCCUGUCCAUUUCUUUUUGAUAUCUGGGGACAAGGACUUUGCAAACAUCCUUCAUCGUUUAAGGAUGAACAACUAUAACAUACUACUUGCCAGUAGGGAAUUUACUCCAGGCAUACUCUGCAGUUCUGCCACACUUAUGUGGUCCUGGACUUGUUUGGUUAAGGGCGGCAAUGCCUCUGCCAAGCAUUUUAACCAUCCACCAGAUGGUUUUUAUGGUUCUUGGUAUGGACAUUAUAAAGCUGUCUUGGAUGAUCCUUUCUCUGAUAUGAAACAAGCUAACGGAAAAGGUGACGAUUAUGUGGAACUGAGUUCUGAAAGUAAGCAUCGUCCAGUUCCCAGAGCUUUAGUCAAUGCCAUCCAACAAAUUCUGUACUCAUAUCCUGAAGGGAUUAAUAUGUCAGAUUUACGAAAUGAGCUCAAAAGGAUGAAUAUGAGUGUAGAUAAGGAUUUCUUCGGGUAUAAGAACUUCUCCCACCUUCUUGCAUCAAUGCCAAACAUAUUGAAGUUCAUAACCAGUCCAGGUCUUGAUGGCCAACCACUUGUGGUUGGGAAGCAUUUAAGAACAACAGAUUCAUCUCCAUCAAGAUCUAAAACUAUUCAGGAUUUUGAUUCCAGUGAUGGGGAGAUGAGCCCUACUCCAAAACAGGAUGGAAAAACCACCCUCAGUGGCUCCAAAUAAUGAUGUGGGUCUUACACCCACUACACUUGAUAAGCAUCUAUCCUCUCAUACUAGAACACAGUAUGAUGUGGAUGAGGGGGAAGCAUUUGAGAAAUUUAAGAGAUAUUUUUUCAGGUUUCAGCACCUCAAGGAGUCUUCUCCUUUGACUACUAGAGGGAAUGACAUGGAGGCUAAUCAUGGCAUUUCUACUUCCAAGAAAAGAACAAAAUUUAUUGUCAUAAGAGAAUUUCUACAAAGGAUCUGGGAAGGUUUGAAUCAUUCUAGUGCUGAUCUGCCAGUUGGGGGAAUCGAUGGCAUUUCUGGUCUGGAUUCUACAUCUAAUAAGAAUUCUGUUGAGGCAAAAUCAACUUACCAGCCAACUGAGAAAUUAAAAUGUGAAGAUAAGAAGACAAACUGGAAGAAUAAGUUUAGUCCUAGCAAAAGUUUUAGAGAAUUCGGUGAGUCACCUGCAACUGAUAAGACCACUAGGCAUCCUGACAUGCAUACUGGUCUUCCAGAUAUGAAACAGAGCUUCUUCAAGAGUAUUGCAGGUUGGUGGUCCGGGAAAUCCGAGAAAGACCAGGAAGGUGUUUGUGAACCCAGAAAGGAGGUUACCACUGAGGAUAAUUUUGUCCAUCAGAUAGAAACUAUUGGUGUUUUCUCAAAAGGAUACUUUUGGGAUGCUCUAGAGUCAUUUUUACUCACUUCUAAAGGAGCUGAGCUUAUCUCGAAAUCGAUAACGAGGGAACAACUGGUGCAUGGGUUACAGAAGGGAGGUCGUUGGGUCCUUAAAGAUCUUUCAAAAGCCCAACUUUUUGAGCUGGUAAAUUUGAUGAUUGUAGAAAAGAAAUGGAUAGAAGAAUCAAUUUUGCAGAUGUUCCCUUUUAGGCUUACUCUUGCCAAACAAAAGUGUGCCACAUCACAUUGCUAUAAUUCCAAUGGUUUAAGUUCACUUUUUACUGGCAAAAUAUCAAAAUCUAGCAUACACAGACAGCCUGAGCAGGAAACAUAUGGUCACAAGUCUGGUUCCCUGGGGAGUUCAUUUGCUGUGACUAAUUCUGUUAAUCAACCCCAAAACGUUUUGGAGUUCAAAUCUUGGUUUCAGAAAACCUAUACACGUAAAGAGGAUGUACAACCUGAAGAUUUAGAAAAGAUGUUUGAGAGCAUGUUCAGCAUAAAACUUGUUCCUUCCUCCUAUGGCUAUCCGGAUCUACAAAGCUUGAUUGAAGUUUGUGCAAAUGAUGACAAUUAUGAGAAUAAGAAAAUAAAAUCAUCUCCUAGCGGAGAAAAGAUAUUAUUUGAUUGCCGAAAGCUCUUGGUUGAGCUUUUUGAUGAAUAUCCUGAUGGUUUCGACAUGAGCAUAUUCAAACCAGCUUUUCUACAAAGGCAUGGUUAUGUUUUAGAGUCUGAAACGCUUGGCUAUCCCAAUCUUGCUUCAUUGUUAGAGAUAAUGCCAAGGGUGAGGAUAGAGUCCAGUUUUGUGAUCCCUACUAAAAGGUUCCGCUCAAAUUCUAGCUCUACUAAUCAACUGACAAUUGGAACACUUGAUCUCACUUCACUAGAUAAUAAAGGCAAUGCAGGUAUCAACACUAGCCGGGAAAGUGCUUCUGAAGAUUGUGCAUGGGAAGAAUGGAGGAGCUGGGCCUUGUGCAUGAGACAAUUGUGCGUGAGGAUCUUAUGGCUGCUCCGAUUAAGGAUAGAGAAGUAACAUAUGAUGAUUCUCUUUCAGACGAUGAAUUGUCUGAUUCAGAGGGCACUCCCCCAUUGCAGGAUGUAGUAGAGAAAUCUCAAAGAUGUGGAGAGGAAAGCUCUCUUAUUCAAAUUCUUGAUUCCUGGUAUGGUAGCAAGGAAGGUGGUCUUAAAAAAAGUAGCAAAGAUGGUUGUGGAGUGGAACAAGCUGUGGUUCCUGAUGGUCUCGUAGAUUGCGCUACAAAUAAACCCGAGAUCUUGGUUGAUAUUAAGCCAAAAUUACGGUCUCAUAAAAGAUAUAAUUUUGUUUCA